AUGGCUGCCCCCGAGUGUGAAAGAGAGGCCCGCAAGCGACGCGAGCGCCGGGACUCUGGAUGUGCUCACGAGCGCAAGGAAAGAAGACCACACAGCGAAGAGCGGCUCCCACCUCCGCCGCCGCCGCCACCACUACAUGAUUACAAUCGACUCGAGUCCGAACGCCGUGCAGAAAGGCUGUCUCGCGCACGAAGACCACAGUUCGGCAAACGACGGCGCGCGCCCCGUCUCCCGCGACAGCCCAAGGAAAAUGAUCACCCAGACGACACUCGCAGCGGAACACCCCCCCAUUUCGAAUACGUUGUCCAACAGAAGCCAGAAUUGUAUGAAGAAAUCCUACCGGCAUCCCAAACGCAGACUUACUAUUGUGAGGAACCUGGGUUUAGUAGACGUGACGAACGGAGUGUCCCACCUCGUCGCACGCAAGCCAGCCCUGACAGACGGCUUGAGAAGAUUAACAAGAAGAUCGCCGUUCUAAAAAAGACAAUUUUCAAAUACGAAAACGACUUCGAAGCACAAAAUGGACGUGCAAUAUCUCCCGGCGAACGAAUGACCGAUGUUCAAUACAAUCGUAUGCUGGAGACGCUUCGACGCAUGCAAGCAGAAAAGCGCUGCAUCAAAUCGGACCCCGUUGAGUACGCGCUGAAAGUUCAAGCAGCUAAAUUGCAAAAGGAAAGAGAUGAGAAGCUGGAUGCAGCGCUAAGAAGUGAUAAGCCAAUGGGGGAUAUUGUUAGGGACAUUGAAGAGUGGAUCGACGGUUGUCGCCAAGCAGCGGGUAGAGCAGCCAUACCCGAGUCGUCUUGGACGUCAGCCCAGCUUGCAGCGGAAAAGGCGUGUGUUCAAAGAGCCUUAUUACGUCUAGAGGCGGCUAGAGGCAGGCCGGCAGCGAACACUGCGGAACGCGGAGCCGCCAGACAUUUAUAUGAGCGAUACAGAGCUGUCAAACGAAACUUGCAAUCUAGAUCUGAUAAUAUGGGAACAAAUGGUGAAUUAGCGACAAUUCACGAACAUGAAACGAUGCUGUUCACGAGUGUUGACAGUUCCAGUGAUUCUCAGGAGAAACGAUCUGAUUCUUCACAGGAAACGACUGAAACUCCCCUUCAGUCACCCCCCAGUCGAGACAUUAUGGAGGAGAUGCCUUCCUCCACCUCUUCAGCGAAAUCAGCCACAAGUGAGGAGACUCCCUCCAAUGAGGGACUUCAUUUCCUCGGACUAGAAGACCUGGCGCGAGCUUUAAGUGAAGCUAAAAUGCAGAAAUGCGUCCUACGUCGAACAAUAAAAGAAUAUGAGUUUAACUUCGAGGUGCAGAACAGCAGGAAAGUGCAAAGAGAUGACAAGAAGGGAAAAGAGGAAGAGUAUCAACGGUAUAAAGCGAUAAAGGCGCGUAUUAAAUUAUUAAACGCACUCAUUAAUAAGCAGAAAGCUCUACAACAAUUUUGA